AUGAGCACUACAGAAGAAAACAAGAGAGGAAGAAAGUCGAUUGCACGAAGAGCUCUACCAAAGGGUAUUUUAGAUCAAUCACCACCGAUCAACUCUGAAUCGACGACCAACUCUGUACUUUUUAAAUCGUUAGACUUUGGUAGUUUCUUUGGUUCGAUCAAGCUCGACACCUCACCGAGUAUACCCACCACCACCCUCUCAAUAUUACCUCUUACACCAUCAUCAACAUCACUAACUUCACACAAUGCCACUAGUACGACCACCGUGGUGCCACCCUCUCCUCAAAUUCACAGCAGCAACAACACAAAAGAAACAAAUCAUAGCAGUAGUAGUAAAGACAAAGAUAAAGAAACACUCCUCCUGAAAGAAAAAGAAAAAGAGAAGGAAAAAGAAAAAGAAAAAGAGAAAGAGAAGGAAAAAGAAAAAGAAAAAGAAGCACAAUUACUAAGAGAAAAAGAGAAAGAAAAGGAAAGGAGAAAGAGAAAGAGAAGGAAAAGAAAGGGAGAGAGAAGAAAAAGAAAAAGAAAAGGAAAGAAAGAGAAAGAAAAAGAUAGAGGUAUAGAUAUAAAGACAGAAAAAGAUGUAAAUUCAACGAAUAGUAGUAAUUCACAAACGGCAUCGUCAGCAUCAACACCGACUCAAUUCCAAUCGAAUAGCAAUACCGGUAUUGUUUCAGAGAAAGCUGCCACUCCUUCAACCACUUCAACUACCACCACCACAACAACGACGACGAAAUCAGAGAAGAACAACAAGAAUCUAAAGAGUAAAACAGUAGUAGUAGAGAAUGGUAGUGAUCUACUGAAUAACAACAAUAAUAUAUCACCAAAUCAUUCACCUAUUUUAACAAAUAAUAACAACAAUAGUAAUAGUUUAAAUAUAAAAGAAUCGUCAUCAAAAACAACACAAUCAACUUCACAACCACCAUCCAAUUCAACUACUCCAAACCAUCACGGCGUAGGUUAUAACAAUAAAGAGUUACCGAAACUACUAUUGGAAUCAGAUUUAAUGCUUUCCUCAAAAGUAUCUACACAUUCCAGUAGUAGCAGUAGUAGUAGCUCAUCGAGUAAUCAACCAUCGACAACAUACGUUGGUCAAGAAUCAACUUCAACUACAACAACAACAACAACAACUACAACAACAUCAACAUCUUCAAAUUUGAAAUCAUCAACCGAGUUAAAUAAAGAAUCAACAGUAACCAAACAAUCUACGCCAGUUAUUGAAACAGCUGAAUCACCAAGAAUCAAACCAACACGAAAAUCAAAGGCAGUAGCAACCGCUGCCACACCAAAAUCGAAAAAGCAACAACAGAAAGAACAAAAGGAGAAAGAGCAGCAGCAACAGAAGGAGCAGAGGGAGAAGGAGAAAGCGGCGGCAGCAGCAGCGGCAGCGGCAAUCGACGACGACAAGGACUCCCAGGACAACGACGAAGACGAUGACAAUAGCGAAUCCACCAUUCGUUAUGCCGUCGGUAAGAUCACAGAGUGUCUGAUGUGCAAGACUUGGUCACAUAUCGCAUGUCUGCCGAAAUCGAUUGCCGACCCAUUCAUUUGUUCGAGUUGUGAGAAACUCGAUAACUUGGAGUCCAACAUUGAGUACGAAGAGAAAGAGACAGCUGGCAGUGGCAGCGGUAACAGCAACAACAACAACAGCAGCAACAGUGGAAGUGGCAGCGGUGGAACCACCACCACGACCAAGAGAGCAAAGCGUCGUUCCACCGGCUACGGAACCAAACGUAAGAAGCCACCAAAGAAAACAGCCACUACUGGCACUCCCAAAGCGACAGCAACCACCGACAAAGACGGAAAGCUAUCGGAUUCCACCGGUGGUAUUGCUAAUGGUGCCACCUCUGAGGUUGCCAAAGACGAAGAUACUUUGAUGACGGACGACGCUGCCGACGGUCAGUCUGGAAGCAACACACCGGUACUCGCAGACUCUGCAUCGUCAUCGCCCCUCUUGAAAGCACUCGACAUCAAAGCACUACAAAAGAACUUCACAUUCAUCGAAGACGUACUCCCACUUGAAAUCAUCAAAAAGUCAUUCAACUCUAUUCAAUAUCCAAAGGAAUCCGACCUAUUCAUUAGUUCUCUCGAGUUAUUCGCAUUUGUAGAAUCAUUGGUUUUAAGAGAAAGUUUUUCAGAUGAUUAUAAUCUGAGGAAAUCAAGGAUAUCAAAUAUUAAUAAUAGUAGUAAUAAUAGUAAAAAGUGUAUAAACAAUUUGGAUGUUAAUGAUAAUUUGAUGUUUCAAAAGUAUUGUUUGGUAUUCGCAAAGCAAUCAACAACUUCAAGUCAGAGAGAUAGUAUAAAGAAAGCAAUUUCGUUGUUGUUGGAGUUGUCCGAAGAUACUGUAACAGCCUAUAUGAUUCAAUAUGCACAAGAGUUGUUGAACACUUUGAAUGAAUGCGCCAAAUCCGAAGUUAACAACAACAACAACAAUAAUGGCAACAGUAACAACGACAGUAACAAUACCAACAACAAUUCAUUUAAACAAAUUACUUCCAAUCAAUAUAGUUCAAAGUCUACUUUUGCCGUUGAUAGUAUCGAUCAGCCAUUCUAUAGCACUCAUUUUGAAAUAAGGUUGCCACAUCCACCGAAAGCAUUCUUGUCGCCCUCAUUGAAAAUCAUUAGUUCUCCGCUAAAGUCACCGCUGCAGCACCAACAACAACCACCAACACCCAAGAUCCUCGCUACCGUCGAUAUCGAAGCGAAUCAACUCAUUGACGAGUACACCGGUGUUGUCUGUAGCGCCACUGACGUGUUGGCAGACUGUGCCGACGCCCACAGCUACCUUCUCAACGGUAUGCCAUCGCCGUUUGUCUUGUUUUUCCAGACACCAAAGAGUGUCGCCAGCAGCUUCUGUAUAGACGCGCGCCAGCAAGGUUCGAUCCUCAGAUAUAUACGCCGCUCGUGUGCUCCCAACUCGCGCAUUCAAUACACAAUGGUCGAUGGUGGCGAAGUCAGAGCGGCACUGUUCUCGCGUGCAUCGCUCGAGUCGCAGCAAGAGAUAACCAUCGCGUUCGACUAUGCCUACCAAUCGCUAAAGACACCAGUUUCAUGUGCAUGCGGUACCUAUUGUUGUCCAGUUCAGAAUUGGUUCAAUGAAAGAGCUUCAUUGGCCAUCGCUUUGUUGGAAUCUCUGGGUAUGCCCGUCGAUGAAAAGAUCAAGAAACGUGAGGCUGCACGCAAAGAACAGCUUCUGGCGGCGGAAACCAACCUUUUCAUUCCAACAAAGAAGCGACAUCUCGAUGACUCGACCGACCAGACAAAGAAAUCAAAGCGUAGACUCGAUGAUCUCUCGCCACUCGUCAAAGAGGAGCAGUUCGGUGCCACUGACGACGGUAUGGAUAUUUCACCAAUGAAAUCAUCAUCAUCGCCACACAAAUCACGUGAAGACAUCGACGGAUCGGUCAGUUCAACACCAUCGAAAUUCGCAGGUAAAAAAGCAUGGUUAGCUGAAUUCAAACAGAAAGAACAACGUGAAGCUGAACAUUCACCAACAACAACAACAUCAACCAAUAUAUCAAUGAAUGGAGUUGGAGGAGAUAAAUCAACAUCAUCGUCAUCAUUAUCAUCCAAAGAAAAAGAUAACAACAAUAAUAUUCAUAAUAAUAAUAAUUUGGAAGAAGAAGAAGGUUCUUUACCUGAUCAACUCAAUGAUAAUCCUCAUAGUGGAAGAAGAAAUAAUGAUAUGAGAAAUGACUACUACGAUAGAGACAGAGGCGAUAGGGAUAGAGACAGAGAUAGAGAUAGAGAUAGAGACGACCAAUUCAAGAGUGGAGGACUGUCACGUUCGGUAAACUACACACCCUCUUCACCGAGUCAGUCGCCGCUGAUGCGAGGUGGACUGACCUCUUCUCUAGGAAACUUUCGUGAUCCUAUCGAUCAACCCUAUCGUCUCUCCAGAGAGCGUAGUGAAAGUCGUGACCGUGAUCGUGAAUGGGACCGUGACAGCAACCGACGCGAUAAACCCGAGUUUAUUCGUGAUCGUAUGGAGCGUGAACGUGAAUUCAACAGAGGUGGUAGUGGUGGCGGCAGCAGCUGGACCAACAUCUACCACGACCGCGACAACUACGAAGGCAGUGGUGGUGGUGGAAGCGGACCAAUGAGAGGAGGCGACCGAAGAUUCCCUCGUGGCUAUCGUGGCGGUGACAGAUCGCCUCCCGACCACUGGGAUAACCAAUCAUUUAGAAAGUCAUCGGGCUGGGACAUAGGAAAUCGUCAUCGUGGUGAUCAUCCCUACGAGAGAAAUCAAUACCGUAGUCAGUCUGGCAGCUAUGAGCGUGGUGGAGGUGGCGGUGGUGGCGGCGGCAAUGAAAUGAGAUCUGGCUGGGACAGAAGACCACAAGGUGGAUAUCCCCAUCGCAAUGGAUUCUCGCCACCCUUGUCACACCACGGUGGAUACCCAGACCAAGAACCUUAUGAAAGUCCGUACAAGUCUGGUGGCAACGGCAGUAACAUUGCACCGAAAUCACCGACACUCAACAAUGAAACACCGAGCAAGUACACCAGCGGUGGAUUGGUGCGUGGUGGAAUCUCUGGUCAACAACCUCCAUCGCCACAAAAUCAUUACAAUGGAUCGAUGGACCCUGAAGAAGGUGACUGGAAUAGAAGAAACUAUAUGUUAAUCUUUUAA